UGACAGUGACAUGUGGUUAGAAAACUAACCUCAAAAAAUUAUCGAACGGAAGUUUAUAAACAAUAAACAAAUUUAUGUUCCUUAUACGAAAAUUAAAUGGAUACUAUUCCAAUGUAUACUCAUUGAAGAAGUAUUCGAGGUAGUUGUUUUGUUCUCAUAUGUAAUGGAAUUAGUAUUAAAUAUUCAGCACUAAUGAAAGUUGAAAUGGAAGAUUUGCACGAGGAAGACGCAACUGUUUGUGAUUCGGUGAAUUCAUUAGUGGAAGGAUGCAGAUUACCUGUGCAUAUGAAAGGGACCGACGAUUGGCCCUUAGCGGAACUUAUAAGUAUAAAAGAAAUAUUGGGAACAAAAUGUUAUUAUGUACAUUAUGUAGAUUUUAAUAAGAGAUUAGACGAAUGGGUGACGGAAGAAUACUUAGAUACUAGAAAGGUUCAUUUCCCAAGAAGAGAUGGGACUAGUAAUACUGGUGUAUCAACACCCAAGAAAAUACAUUUUGGAGAAGUAAAUUCCAGACCUUCCAGUCCAAUACCGGCGCCAAGUCAGGAAAUUCUUAACGGAAACGCAGUAUUGGCUGCAGCUUUACAAAAAAAAAUUAAUAGUAGAAAACGGAAAGUUCCAACAACAGAAAAUGAAGAUUCUUUGGAAGCACCAGCACCUCCAGUACCAGGACCUAGGCAAUCUGGCAGUAUGGUGGCGCAUCAUGACGAUGUCGUUACAAGAAUGAAAAACGUUAAUAUGAUUGAACUUGGAAGGCAUAGAAUAAAGCCUUGGUAUUUUGCUCCUUAUCCUCAGGAGAUGGUAAAUCUUCCAUGUAUAUACAUAUGUGAAUUUUGUUUGAAAUAUAAAAAGAGUCGAAAGUGUCUGGAGAGACAUCUAGUGAAAUGCAAUUUGAAACAUCCACCUGGCAAUGAGAUAUACCGAAAAGAAGGUGUUUCUUUCUUCGAGAUAGACGGCAGAAAAAAUAAACAAUAUGCCCAAAAUUUAUGCUUGCUAGCUAAACUUUUUUUGGACCAUAAAACUCUUUAUUAUGAUACAGAUCCAUUUCUUUUUUAUGUUAUGACUGUGUUUGAUAAUAGAGGUUUCCAUAUCGUGGGAUACUUUUCGAAGGAAAAAGAAUCAACGGAGGAUUAUAAUGUGGCUUGUAUACUAACAAUGCCUCCUUAUCAAAGGAAGGGAUAUGGAAAAUUGUUAAUCGAGUUCAGUUAUGAACUGUCCAAGUUUGAGGGAAAAACGGGUUCUCCUGAAAAGCCACUCUCUGAUUUAGGUUUAUUGUCUUAUAGAAGCUACUGGGCGCAAACUAUUUUAGAAAUACUGAUUACCAUGAACCCUGUAGGAGAAAAUGAGAAACCUCAAAUUACAAUUAAUGAAAUUUGUGAAUUAACCAGUAUCAAAAAAGAAGAUGUGAUAUCUACACUGCAAAAUUUAAAUUUAAUAAAUUAUUAUAAGGGACAAUACAUAAUUGCUCUAAACAAAGAUAUAAUUGAUAGUCAUAGGAAGGCGAUGGAAAGUAGGAAAAUUAGAAUUGAUCCUAAAUGUUUGCAUUGGACACCGAAGGAUUGGGGUAAAAGAGCGAAAUGGUGAAAUGUGAUUGUUAAUUUGUGUUAAACAACAAUAAAACCAUAAAAUUUCACUUUUAA